AAAUUAAUUCGGUAAUUUGGAUAACUAGCUAGUGCCCAGUGCAGUAAAGAAUCAUAGUAUGUAGCAUGCAAUCUGCUCGAGAACAAAGCAUUCGACAGAAGAUCGGGUCCAUCUUUAGGUCCAGCCACCCCAGAUCCAACCCUCCUCUUCAGAGGAGCCAUGAAGAUCACUUGAAUCAGGAGCAGAACCCGUUCAUCACGGAGGACGUCCUGAGGGAGCUGGAUCGCAGUGUGUCUGUGGGUCAGAGGGUCCGGGCUAUGAAAGAGCUGCAUGACGUUGUCACUGCAAAGAGACUGGAGGAACAUGCGGUCAAGUCUAUCUGGUUAUCAGUGCAGGAUCUGAUUGGUCCCUCUCAGCCGACGGACGUCCGACACACCACCCUCGUCUUCCUCAAGGCUCUCAUUUAUGGACAGUUUGAUGACCUUGGCAUACUGAGAGCAUACUUCUUCCAAGUGGUGAGGGACCACCACAUACCCGAGGACACACAGGAGAGGUUUGAUGUGCUCCGGGUGCUCACACUCGAUGGGAAGAAUAUCGUCCACUUGGAGCAGGAUAUCGGUCGUUUCCUGUUGGAGUGGAUGCCGGAGUUUGUGGCCAGAGGGAACGCAGUGAACUUUGUCUCUCUUCUCGUCAAUUUCGUGCAUUAUAACGCAGCCUACCUGGACCAGGAUGUCCUCGUUGGACUGGUGCAAUUAUGUUGCGUGAUGGCCAACAAAUCAACGUUUCCAAAUGUUAUAUCACUGUGCCUAGACUUCAUGAAUGCCGUGGUGUGCUAUAGUUCUCUCCCCUCUGACUCACUCCACAUGUUCGUCAUCACUCUCUGUAACACACUCAACAUUGAGAGAUUCAGCAAGAAGAGCUUGGACGUGAUGCUGCGGUUGCUAGGCACCCACCUCGGCCGCUCCACCAUACACUCCAUGUGUUCACUAAUUCAAGAGAGGUCAUCUGGACAAGAGGCGCUCUUGUUACGAGGAGCCGUCUUCUAUAUCAGUAUGAGCAUGUGGGGGGUACGACGAGUGAACCUUGACCUCUCAUUUGCCUCCGUUCUACCUUCAAUCAAACAAGCUGUCUUGUCGGGCCACACUAUUGUGGUGUAUGAGAUUUCUCUCUCCUUACUCCGGCUAGUACGAGCGCACGUCCAUAAGCUCCACCCACUUGAGUGGGAGGCCGUCUAUGACAUCAUUGCUGCUAUACAGAGUCAUGUGACCCAGUUGGAGGGGGUGGAGCCUGGAGGGGCCUCGAGAAGUAGCCUCGGUCAGUGUUUGAGGGAGUUGUUUGUGAUCCUUGAGCAGCUCUAUGAGGGUGGGGCCAAUAUCGGACCACCUAAUCUGUUCUUCCGACUGGUGGAGGAGAGCCUUGACACAAUGCCCAUCCAGUCUGUGCUGUCCCUGCUCUCUUAUCGUACUGGGAUGACCAGCUCCUCUGAGAGUGGCUGGGUAGACAAUGUCAAACAAUGCAUGGACAAGUUCUACAGGUGUGACAGGAGGACGGCCGUACGAGUGGAGGCUCUCAAAUACUUAGGAAAAGUUGUGGAAGAGAACGUUUUCAAACAUGAGCGGGAGUUGAUGGAGGGUGUGGUUUUUCCGCUCAUGGAUCCCAUAGCAACGGAUAUAGACGAAGGUGUUCGUUGCCAAGGAGCUCAACUAUUGGUACACCUGCUCAGCGUGACUGAGACAGAAUGGUCCACUCGUAUUCUCGGCCUGCUCUCCUCACUGCUGCAGGCUGGCAUGCACACCGCCAUCAGCAAGGUAUCAGAGAGCCCUCGACUGUUGGACAGCAAGGCAGCUGUGUUUGGUCUCACAGAGGCCCUCAAGGCUCAGCUGCAGUGCUCCUCACCAUUGGCUGCCCAGAUCUUCAGCCUCCUCGUUAGUCUGGUCCUGCAGCAUUACGAUGAGGACUGCUUCCUACCCACCGCCGGUGUCAUUAGACUCAAUAUCUUCCGCUGUAUUCUGAGCCUCCGCUGCAACAACCUAUAUCAGCUGGGAUAUCAAGAUGAGACCUCUCUCCAGUUCACUCCCUUCUUCACCUGUCGUGCCCCUGACGAAACCACACCCACCGACCACGCCCCCACACUACUGGACUAUCGUAGUGCCUUCAAUAUCAUCCUGGCCUGUCUCGAGAAGGAGCAAGUGGAGGAAGUGCUUGUGCCGAUGCUUCGUGAUCUAGUCCCCCUCCUACAAGACCGCCACCUCACACUCUCUGCACUGCCAGAUCUGAGCAUGCUCACAACCCACCUUUGCGACCUCACCAUUGACCACACACACUCGCCACGCCCACCUGCAGUCAGCUGGUUCCGUACAGAUGUCCCCCUCCACGUGUACCCAGUGCUAUCAGUCCUGGCCACCUACCCCACCCACAUGGACCGGGGUGCCCAGGAGAGACUGGUGUUGAGUAUGGACGCAGGCCUAGUGGGUAGGGCUGCCAUGACUUGUGUGUCUGGUCUAGGCCUGGCGGGACUGGAGCUACAGACAACCAUGAGGAGGUUGCUGCCACGCGUGCUGCACAGACUAGGACAGAUCACAGCCACGCCCACCAUGGCCGUCCCUGUGCUAGCAUUCCUGUCUGGCCUCGUGCUCACCCCCUCACUCCAUCAUGGCUUCACAGUGCAAGAGUACCUCUCAGUGUUUGCUAUAGCCCUGCCCUACACCAACCAUCAGAGGUACCCUCCGUACGUGAUAGCGCUGGCUCACAGAGUGGUGUCCCAGUGGUUCGUCAGCUGUAGACUGCAGCUAAGACCCACCAUAGCUUCCUUCAUACUAAGGCACUUGUCCCAUGACUCGACCGGGGGCGGUGAGGGUGGUGUGGGCGUGGAGCUUGUGGACGUGUGUAGGGACAUGCUCGCCAGGUACACUUACUCCAACAUCUCGGCUCUCCCUGUCAGAUCUUCAGGGGCCGAGUUUUUACUAAACGAAGGUCCUAGUAAAACAUGGUGUGUCGGCAAUUCUCUCGUUACCAUAACAACUAGCCGUGGAAACGGUGAGCAAUGCUCUCGAUGUCAAUCGUCCAAUCAGAGCGCAGACAACACUGCGAAAGAGCCGUGCAGCUGUCUUUGCAGGGGGUGGGCUGAGGUAUCUAUUCAGCGACCGACUGGAGACGUAUUGUGGGUCAUGAGACUACAGAAUUGGCUGGUGUCUGAUAGUAGGCGUGGCUUGUACGAUGAUGGUCGUGGUUCGUAUGAUGAUGAUAUUCUUACCCUUCAUAGGCCCAUAGAACAACACCACGAUAGUUUUGAAGUUUUAACGGAAGAGUCCAAGCUAACCUCUAGUGAUGAUGAUGAUGAGAGGGAUGUGACGCCAGUGGUGGAGGACGUAGCAAGAGAUACCACACCUGUGUUCGAGGUUCGGGGGGAGGCUGCUCCCACGGAGAGCAAGGUACAAGACAUUGGACCUUCCCCGGGUGGCCGUGAAGACACUGAAAUACCUUUACAAGACGACACAAAGCAAACUGAAACACACGCACAAAAUGCUGAAGGCACUGAAAUAUUUUUGGAUUCAUUCAACUUUUCUCCUCCUUUAGAAGAACAUUCCAAAGACGAAGAAUGUCCGCCUGAGAAUGAAGUGGACAAUUUGUUAAUUGAAAAGAUUCCACUAGGGGAAAUUCCCUGCAGCCCACUAGGGGAAUCCCCUGUUGAUACAGAGGAUGCUGGCUCGGCACACGUACCUGCAUCAUGGCCUGAGAGUGUGGCCAGCUACUCGACUAUGACAUCAUUGGAGCACCUCCCCCCACUGCUAUCGUAUGACAAGGAGGAGGAGCUUGGUCGCUCGCCACCAUUCAUACAGAACCAACUAUCAGAGCACGACCAGUUGAAGCUUCACGAUGAUUUCUCUCAAUUGUCUUCAACGGACGAAGACUCGACCACCUCCUCCUCUGAGAGUGGGGAUGAGCUAUCGUCAUGGCAAAACAAAGCUGGCCCACACCCACGCCUCAAGCACAAGUCUCUCUCACUACCUGAAGACAGUCCAUCAUCACUGUCCACUGAGCUCCCCCCGCCCCCUCCACCCCCCACACUCCUCACACCCUUCACUAUUGUCACGUCCUCACCAACUCCACAGCGGAGGAAGAGUGCUCCAGCCAUGCCCCUCGAUAGAAGCCCCGCCCAACAACGGAAGAGGCCCUUGUACACUCAUCAGCCGCAAAGGGGUGGACAGAGUGUUGGGGAGGAGUCACAUGAUCCGAGCUCUGUGUUCCUGCAGCUGUACCAUGGCUCAAUGCUGGCGCAGGACACACCUCUCCUACUGCCUAAUAAUGAGUCGAUAGAGAGAGCAGUGAAGAAUCUCCAUCGGAUACAUCCGUAUGAAACCCACAGAAUAGGUGUGGUCUAUGUGGCUCCCGGACAAUCCUCAGAAACUGAGAUUCUGGCAAACACUUUCGGCUCUUCUCGUUAUCUCGAGUUUCUCGGGGGUCUUGGUUCGUUGCUACGGUUACCGGACGUCCCGCGGAGAUUGGUGUACCUCGGUGGACUCGACCAAUCAGGAACAGAUGGAAAAGUUACGUAUUGCUACCAUGACAACAUCUCACAAGUAUUGUUUCAUGUGGCUACAUUAAUGCCGACGGACUUGAUCUCUGACCCCCAGUGCAGCUGUAAAAAAUUACAUAUUGGCAACGACUUUGUGACAAUCGUGUACAAUGAUUCAGGGUCAAAGUACAAGUUUGGAACCAUAAAGGGUCAGUUCAACUUUGCAGAGGUGGUGGUGGAGCCUCGUCCAGGGGGUGUGUCUCUAGUGGGUGUGGCUGGACGACCAGAGAUCCAACGUCUAGUGAGCAGUGACCUUGUGUUUGUGUCGGACACCUGGCUACCCCAGCUGGUGCGGCAGAAAGCACUGCAGGCUGAUCUUGCGUCUCAUGUAGUGGCUAGUGAGACCAGGAGCUCGGAGCACUACCUCACCAACUGGUUGGGCAGACUGAGACAAAUCAGGAAAAUACGAGAAAAGUGUUCCCAAGACAACCCACGAACAAAUCUAUUCACAGACUAUACUUGAACACAUAAUUAUUAUAUUGCUUGCCUAUUUCAUGUAUUCUCUGUGUGUUUUGUUAUAGGUGCAAGAAAAUAAAUUGUUUGUUCUAAAAAAUGAGCCUGU